AUGUCAACCGAAGGGUUCCAGUAUCGAGCUCUGUAUCCAUAUGAAAGAGAACGAGAGGAAGACAUAGACCUUUUGCCUGGAGAUGUCCUAACGGUCAGUCGAGCAUCUUUGUUAGCAUUAGGGUGUAAAGAUGGAGAUGAGCUGGACCCACAUCAUAUUGGUUGGAUUUUGGGAGUCAAUGAAAGAACCAAGCAUAAGGGAGACUUUCCAGGAACUUAUGUUGAAUUUAUCGGACCUGUACGAAUGUCGUUGCCAGCCCAUCGUCCACGCGGGCAGCGGCCCCUGCCUGCGACUCCCACUACAUCUAGGAUAGACCAAUCCAGCCUCUCAGGCUCCCUCCUACUUGAACUUGUCGACCAGUUUUCUCCUCCUGAAGAAGCACCUCCUCUCCUUGUAAAAUUACUCAAAACAGUUGAAAAAAGAGGACUGGACAGUGAUAUGCUUUACAGGUCCGCUGGCUCAGAGUUUAGACACACACUAAAAACCGAUCUCUCUGGGAUUGACCUGGAAGUGGCAGACAUUCAUUUCCUCACAGAUAUGGUGAAGUCAUUCCUGCAAGAGUUACCCAGUCCCGUAAUUCCACUGAAUAUCCACCGAGACCUCAUUCAGGCAUUGCUAGACAAUGGGGAAGAUGUACAGAAGAGAGCGCACGUUUUGUCACUCCUGCAACCACCCGCUGUUCCCAUACAGCAUGCGCUCACUUUUCAGCAUGUCCUCCAGCACAUCAGGAAAGCAUGCAGUGCCAGUAACUUGAACAGCUUCACAGUCAAAGUUGCUGUAGAGAUGUUUGGACCUUUGCUGUUUCGGCCUAUCAUCACAGGGGCAGAAGCUUUGCCAGAUUAUCCUGCUCUGCUCCUGGAGCUUCUGCUUCAGGAUAAUGAAGUUCCACAAGAUCAGCCUCCCCCAGCUCUCCCUCCCAAACCAGCAAAACCCAGACUGCCAGCUUCUACAAUCAAUGGGGUUGGAGGGACACUGCAGGAGGCAGAGUGGUACUGGGGGGACAUUUCUAGGGAGGAAGUCAAUGAUAAACUGCGGGAUACACCAGAUGGAACAUUUUUGGUGAGAGAUGCUUCCAGCAAAAUCCUAGGAGAGUACACUCUUACUCUAAGGAAGGGUGGAAACAACAAACUGAUCAAAAUAUUCAACCGGGAUAACAUGUAUGGUUUUUCGGAACCUCUGACUUUUACGUCUGUCAUGGCUCUAAUUGCACAUUAUCGUCAUGAAUCUCUAGCUCAGUAUAAUGCUAAACUGGACACCAAACUUCUGUACCCCAUGUCCAAAUACCAGCAGGACCAGAUUGUCAAGGAAGACAGUGUGGAGGCUGUAGGGGAACAGCUUAAAAUUUAUAGUCAGCAAUACAGAGAUAAAAGUCACGAGUUUGAUUCGCUUUAUGAAGAAUACACAAGGACAACUCAGGAAUUGCAAAUGAAGCGGACAGCUAUUGAGGCUUUUAAAGAAACCAUCAAAAUCUUUGAGGAACAGUGUCAGACUCAAGAAGCAUUUACAAAGGACUAUAUUGAGAAGUGUCGCAGGGAGGGCAACAACCAAGAGAUAGAAAGAAUCAUGAUAAAUUACGAAAAGCUAAAAUCUCGGGUAACAGAGAUCCAUGACAGUAAAAAGAAACUGGAGCAGGACCUAAGGAAGCAGGCAAAUGAAAACCGGGAGAUUGACAAGAAAAUGAAUAGUUUGAAGCCAGACCUGAUGCAGCUUCGGAAACUUCGAGAUCAGUAUCUUGUCUGGCUGGUUGGGAAAGGUGCUCGACAGAAAGAUAUCAGUGAAUGGCUGGACACGAAGAAUGAGCCUGAAGAUCCAUACUCCAUGAUGGAUGAUGAUGAGGAUCUCCCUCACCAUGAAGAGAGAACCUGGUACAUGGGAAAGAUGAAACGUGAACAGGCUGAAGAAAUGCUUACUGGGAAGCCAGGUGGUACUUUCUUGAUUCGAGAGAGCAGGCAGAAAGGUUGCUAUGCAUGCUCAGUUGUGGUUGAUGGUGACACCAAGCACUGCGUUAUCUACAAGACUGCCACCGGUUAUGGCUUUGCUGAACCCUAUUACCUUUAUGCCUCUUUAAAAGAGCUUGUGCUACAUUACCAGCACACAUCACUAGUGCAACACAACGAUGCCCUGAAUGUCACUCUGAUGUACCCCGUGCUGGCACCACCAUCACGGUGAACUUCUAAUCUUCUACCAACUGUGUUUUCGACCACAUAAGAUGUGCCCUUGGAGUAAAUUUGGUUUGGUCUUAGGAUCUUCUAACUUUAAUGAUGAGCAACGUCUACUAGAACAAUCUCUGUGGGGAUUAAUAGCUUUGUAGAUCACCUAUUUUUUUGUUAAGGAAAUUGGCUAUACAUUCCUUUCAGAACAUAAGAUCUUUCCUUAGAGGGAAUUACUGUUUUGAGCAUUGUAAAGUUGGAUGUGUUUAUAUGCUGCAACUAUAUCCGUAGCAUUGUGUGUACACCAUACACAGUAGUUAAUUGAAAGUCUUAUUCAUGUUACACCUUGAAGUAAGAUCUAUGCCUCCAAUCUUCUCUUAGAGGUAUUUAAUCUUAUUUUCUUUUUUCUUUUAGUUUUCACAUUGGUAAAAUUAAACCCCAUACAGAAUCAAGAUCUCCUUCUCAGAUAGGCCUCUACACCUUCAGUUGUCAGGCACACAGUCUUUUUUGUUGUAGUCAUAAGCAGUGUGCCUCUUUCUUUGUAGGAGAGUUUAAUCAGAAUCUUAAUUCUAAAUCACCAGGUCUGUAUUUAGCUAUAAACACUACCCAUUUGAAAUGACACAUAGGCCAGCAGAACUAGAGUAUCUACAGUUCAUAGUCCUUUGCUGCAUGCUCAACAAAAAUAAGCUAUUUAAUUAACAUUCACAAAAAAACAGUUUUUUUUUGUCUAUGACUCAUUGUGUGCUUUAGGCCUCAUGCACACGAACGUUGUUUGUUUCCGU